GGACCGGCGAACUACAAAGCCCGGCGGCCCUGACCAAUGGGAAAGACUGAUAAACUUUGAGCGGACUGGGCGAGAGAAAAUCUUUGUGGUGCAGGGGCUCUUGGGUGGUCGCGGAACUGGGCUCUGCGCUGGGAAAGGGAAGCGGAGGUCUCUGAAAGAAGAUGAAUUUGGCUGAGAUUUGUGACAAUGCAAAGAAAGGAAGAGAAUAUGCACUUCUUGGAAACUAUGACUCAUCGAUGGUAUAUUACCAGGGGGUGAUACAGCAGAUUCAGAGACAUUGCCAGUCAGUCAGAGACCCGGCUGUCAAAGGCAAAUGGCAACAGGUUCGGCAGGAAUUAUUGGAAGAAUAUGAACAAGUUAAAAGUAUUGUCAGCACUUUGGAAAGUUUUAAAAUUGACAAGCCCCCAGAUUUCCCUGUGUCUUGUCAAGAUGAACCAUUUAGAGAUCCUGCUGUUUGGCCGCCCCCUGUACCUGCAGAACACAGAGCUCCACCUCAGAUAAGGCGUCCCAAUCGAGAAGUAAGACCUCUGAGGAAAGAAAUGCCAGGAAUAGGAGGCCGGGGACCUGUAGGCCGAGCACAUCCUAUAUCCAAGAGUGACAAACCCUCUACAAGUAGAGACAAGGAUUAUAGAGCAAGAGGAAGAGAUGAUAAGGGAAGGAAGAAUAUGCAAGAUGGGGCAAGUGAUGGUGAAAUUCCUAAAUUUGAUGGUGCUGGGUAUGAUAAGGAUCUGGUGGAAGCGCUUGAGAGAGACAUUGUGUCCAGGAAUCCUAGCAUUCAUUGGGAUGACAUAGCAGAUCUGGAAGAAGCUAAGAAGUUGCUAAGGGAAGCUGUUGUCCUUCCAAUGUGGAUGCCUGACUUUUUCAAAGGGAUUAGAAGGCCAUGGAAGGGUGUACUGAUGGUUGGACCCCCAGGCACUGGUAAGACUAUGCUAGCUAAAGCUGUUGCCACUGAAUGUGGCACAACAUUCUUCAACGUUUCCUCUUCUACACUGACAUCUAAAUAUAGAGGUGAAUCUGAGAAGUUAGUCCGUCUGUUGUUUGAAAUGGCUAGAUUUUAUGCGCCCACCACCAUCUUCAUCGAUGAGAUAGAUUCUAUCUGUAGUCGAAGAGGAACCUCUGAUGAACAUGAGGCAAGUCGCAGAGUCAAGUCUGAACUACUCAUUCAGAUGGAUGGAGUUGGAGGAGCUUUAGAGAAUGAUGAUCCUUCCAAGAUGGUUAUGGUAUUGGCUGCUACUAAUUUCCCAUGGGACAUUGAUGAAGCUUUGAGAAGGAGAUUAGAAAAAAGGAUAUAUAUACCUCUCCCAACAGCGAAAGGAAGAACUGAUCUGCUGAAGAUAAAUCUUCGUGAGGUUGAACUGGAUCCUGACAUUCAAUUGGAAGAUAUAGCAGAGAAGAUUGAGGGCUAUUCUGGUGCUGAUAUAACUAAUGUUUGCAGGGACGCCUCUUUAAUGGCAAUGAGACGGCGAAUCAAUGGCUUAGGUCCAGAGGAGAUCCGUGCACUUUCUAAAGAGGAACUUCAGAUGCCUGUUACCAAAGGAGACUUUGAAUUGGCUCUUAAGAAAAUUGCUAAGUCUGUCUCUGCUGCAGACUUGGAGAAGUAUGAAAAAUGGAUGGUUGAAUUUGGAUCUGCUUGAAUUUCUGUCAGCUCUUUCAUUUCUGGUAUUUUUACUUAUAAAAUGUGAAGAAAUUCCCUGCAGUUUUUUUUAAAAACAGGUUUAGAACUUUUCAUUGGAGAGAUGUUUCCCUUAAAGGCAAAAAACCUAAAACCACAAAGAAUAUAAAUGUAGUUGGGAAAGAAGGAAAGCUUACAUAGGGAGCCUGAUAGUCUCCAUCACCGGGCUUUGUGCCGGUACUUCCACGUGUUCACGCGUUAAUAUUGCACGUGCAAAGCGGUGUGCAGGGAGGCCGAAGAGCGAUCAGUAUGCUCUUGUAGAAGCUUGUUUACAAAAGGGUUAGAAGGACCUCUCUUUCUCACUUGCAUUUGUUGCUUUUUGUUUUUUUU